AUGGCCUCCCUCGACACGAUAUUCGGCGCCAUUGUCAGCUUCGUCCUCUCCCCGAAUGCCGACGAUUUCGCGAAGAAUCGGGUUUUCGAGGACAAGAUCAUCAACCUGACGUUCGGGGCGCCGACGUACCGCUCGAAGAUGUGGGGUGAUACGCCGACGAGCAUCGCUUCCUAUCUGAUGAUUUCGCAUCUGGAGGCAAUGGAUGACGUGACACAGACAUUGACGAUGCACGGAUCGAUGUUUAUGCGCUGGAAGGACAGUCGACUCACGUGGAACCCUACUGACUUUGGAGUUCGACGUAUCUCUGCGGACUUCCUGCCGUUUCGAUACCCGGAACUUCCCGAACGACCUACAGUACUGCACGUUCAACAUGUUCACCGCCUACAGCAGCAAUAUGAUACAAUUCUCUGCGAAUCCAAAGCUGGCCGACGGGAGGAAGGGCUACAAAAAGGAAAAUCCGGACGAUCUUACGCCGGCCCGUUCAAGCUGUUGGCCACAAAUGCCACCGAUAUGUUGCUACUCGGCUCGAGGAUUGUACGGAAGGAUACCAAAAUUCCCCUCCAUCUGACCCGUUCGGUCAUCUCAUUCAACAUGCUUCUCCAACGGAACAGUCCCCUCUACGCGCCAUGUCUACUUGUUCCGAUUCACCUCGUCGCAAUCCUAUCAGCUAUGCUGGCGUGGUUGCCAGCUUCUGCGCUUUCGGUCCGUUUGACACUACUUGCGCUUUUGUCCCAGCUUCUCCUCGGCGCCAUCCUAAACGAAGAAAUGCCUGUGGAUUUCGAUUCUACUCCAACUAUUGCCGUUUACGCCCUGUGGGUAUUAAUCCUAACAACCGCCGGCCUCUUCCGUACCGGCUUUGAACUCUGGGCGGAAGGAGAAACCCACGGUUACGAUCCCGAAGAGGGUGAAGAGACGCAGAGAAAGCGAGAGAUCCGAGCGGAUGCCUCGUGGCUUCGUUUCAUCAUCCGUUUGGUUGGUUGGUGCCUCCCUGUCAUCUUCACAUUGAUCGUCUCCGUCUUCACCGCCAUCGCCAUCUUCGACAAUCCCCAGCCCGAUUUGGCCAAGUGGAUGAACGAAUAUCUUGAU